AAAGUUACCAUCGUGGGCUCCGGCAUUGUUGGCCGCUGCUGGGCCUCGCUCUUCGCACGAGCCAACUACAACGUCUGCAUCUUUGACAUCAACCCGGAUCAGCUGGCUCAGGCCCAGACGGCCGUGCAGACCAUGCUGCAAAAGCUCGCCACUGAAGGCUUGCUCAACGAUCAGGAGCCUGCCGUCGUGUAUGCCCGUAUUAGCGUGGCCACUGACCUGGCCACUGCCUGCAGCGACGCCAUCUACAUUCAGGAGUGCGUCCCCGAAUCUCUCCCACUGAAGCAAAAGGUGUUUGGCCAGCUGUGCGAGGUCGUCAGUGACAGCACCAUCCUGGCCUCCUCCACCUCCUGCCUCCCCCCCUCCCAAAUCUCCGAGAGUCUAUCUCGCCGCGAGCAAGUAAUUGUGGCCCACCCCGUUAAUCCCCCACACUACAUUCCCGUCGUUGAGGUUGUUCAAGCGCCUUGGACCCGCCAAGACGUGAUUGAGGGCACCCGCAAGAUUUUGCUGGACCUCGGCCAGGCCCCAGUUUUGCUCAAAAAAGAGGUCAACGGCUUCAUCAUCAACCGUCUUCAAUAUGCCCUCUUGAUGGAAGCUUGGCGUCUCGUUGAGGAUGGCGUCGCAAGUCCCGAGGAUGUGGACACUGCCGUGUCACAGGGUCUUGGAUUGCGUUGGUCUUUCAUGGGUCCAUUCCAGACCAUUGACCUCAACGCCCCUGAAGGUGUCCUCGACUAUUGCAACCGCUAUGGAGAUGGUAUGUAU